AUGGAUUUACUCACACCAAGUGGCUACGAUGUAUUCUUGAGUUUCAGUGGAGAAAACUCAUUCACUUCAACUCUCUGCAACUCUCUUCUAAAUGCCGGAGCUACUUAUUUUGUGGAUGAUGAUAAGGAGUUUCAAAAUCGAGAUCAGAAUUCAACCUCUCUACCGCCAGCAAUCAGAAACUCUGAGAAUUAUUUCAUUGUUUUCUCAAGAAAUUAUGCAGGUUCACGAUUGUGUCUGCAAAAGUUGGAGGUAAUAAUGGAGCGUCAAAGAACCAAAUUAGGGAAGGUCGUGCCAGUGUUCUAUGGUGUAGAUUCCUCAGAAGUAUCUCAUCAAAAAGGUGAGUUUGGAGAAGCAUUUGAUAAACUUUUGAACAGAAUUUCCCCGGAUGAAGACCAAGUGCUGAGUUGGAGGACGGCGCUUCGUGACGCUAGCGGCAUUCCAGGGUUCGUUGUCGAACAUUCUAGAUAUAAUGGAAGUGAAAGUGAAGAUAUGGACAAUGUAGUUGAGGUUAUUACUCGUCUGCUAGAUAAGGCAUCCUUGUUUGUUACUGAGCAUUCAGCGGGAGUAGAAUCUCGUGCAGAAGAAGUGAUUCGACUAUUGAACAGCAAAAAAUCAGAGCAUUCUCUACUUCUAGGGAUAUGGGGGAUAGGAGGGAUUGGUAAAACAACAGUUGCCAAAUACAUCUAUAAACAAAUCGGUCGCAAUUUUGAUACAAGGAGCUUCAUCCCAAAAGUUAGGGCAGUUUGGGAACAAAAUAAUGGCCAAAUUUCUUUACAAGAACGGCCUCUUUCUGAUAUCUACGAAAAGAUAGGUAAAAUUGAAGCAGAAACAGUGAUAUUAAAGGAAAAACUUCGCCAAAAAAAAUUACUUCUUGUGCUUGACGAUGUGAAUAAAUUUGACCAAUUGAAAGCUUUGUGUGGAAGUCGUGAAUGGUUUGGUCCUGGAAGUGUAAUAAUCAUCACAACAAGAGAUGAGCAUCUACUUCUUCAACUUGGAGUUGACCAUGCACAUAGAAUGAAAGAAAUGGACAAAAAUGAAUCUCUUGAACUUUUUAGUUGGCAUGCGUUCAACCAAGCAAGUCCUGCUAAACGUCUUGAGGGCCUUUCUAAUGUUAUAGUUGAAUAUUCCAGGGGAUUACCGCUAGUUCUUCAAGUCCUUGGGUCCUUUUUGUUUUGUAAAGGGAAAAACGAGUGGAAUAGUGCAUUGGAAAACUUAGUGGAUGAAAGUGAAGAUAUCAGGAAUAUAGUUGAACGUGUUACUGGUUUGCUAGACGACACGGUUUUGUUUGUUGCUGAACAUCCGGUGGGAGUAGAAUCUCGAGUGCAAGAUGUGAUUCAACUAUUGAACAACCAACAAACAAAACAUCCUCUACUCCUAGGCAUGUGGGGGAUGGGAGGGGUUGGUAAAACAACCAUUGCCAAAGCCAUUUAUAAUGAAAUUGGUCGCAAUUUUCAGGCUAAGAGCUUCCUCCUAAAUGUCAGGGAAGUUUGGGAACAAAAUAAUGGACAAGUUUCUUUACAACAAAGGCUUCUUUCUGAUAUCUACAAAACAACAAAAUUGAAGAUAGAUACAACUGAAUCAGGAAAAAUGGAAUUACAAAAGAGACUUAGCCAAAAAAGGAUAUUUCUUGUGCUUGACGAUGUAGAUAAAUUGGACCAAUUGAAUGCUUUGUGUGGAGGUCGUGAAUGGUUUGGUGGAGGAAGUAGAAUAAUCAUCACAACAAGAGAUGAACAUCUACUUAGUGUGCUUAGAGUUGACCGCCUAUACAGAAUGAAAGAAAUGAAGAAAAGUGAAUCUCUUGAGCUUUUUAGUUGGCAUGCGUUCAAGCAAGCAAGUCCAAGGGAAGGUUUUGCUCAUCUUUCUAGAGAUGUAGUUGAAUAUUCCGGGGGAUUGCCGUUAGCUCUUCAAGUACUUGGGUCCUUUUUGAAUUCUAGGGGGAUAAGGGACUGGGAGAUUGCAUUGGAAAAACUCAAAAUCAUUCCCAAUCAUGAAAUACUGAGGAAGCUCAAAAUAAGUUUUGAUGGUUUAAGCGAUGACAAAGUGAAAGAAAUAUUCCUUGAUAUAGCUUUUUUCUUUAUUGGGAAGGAUCGAGAUGAUGUAAUUGAGAUAUUAAAUGACUGUGGGCUUUUUGCAGAAAUUGGAAUAAGGGAACUUGCAGAAAAAAGUCUUGUAACUGUUAACAUUAAGAACAGGCUCGGAAUGCAUGAUUUGCUACGAGACAUGGGAAGAGAAAUUGUUCGGGAGAAAUCACCAGAGUUGGCCGAGGAGCGCACUAGGUUAUGGCUCCAAGAAGACGUGCUUGAUGUGUUAUCAAAAGAUACUGGAACGAUAGCUGUUAAGGGACUGACUUUGAUGUUGCCAAGGAUGGAUACAACAACUGAUUUGAAAACCAAAGCAUUUGAGAAGAUGAAGAGACUGAGAUUGCUUCAACUUGCUGGCAUACAACUUGAUGGUGAUUAUAAAUAUCUUUCACAAGAUCUUAGAUGGCUUUGCUGGGAUGGAUUUCCUUCAGAAUAUACACCUGCAGACUUUCAUCAAGGAAGUUUAGUUGCCAUUGAGUUAAAGUAUUCCAAUAUGCAACAAGUGUGGACGAAGUCCAAGAUGCUGACGAAGCUGAAAAUUCUCAAUCUCAGUCAUUCUCAUAACUUGAGACAAACCCCAGACUUUUCGAAGAUACCAAAUCUGAAGAAGUUAAUACUCAAAGAUUGUCCACGUUUGUCUUCGGUUUCUGAUACUAUAGAACAUCUCAAAGAAAUUCUUCUGAUAAAUUUGAAAGACUGUACAGGCCUUAGUACACUUCCAAGAAGCAUCUAUAAGUUGAAGACGUUAAAAAUUCUCAUUAUAUCUGGAUGUUCAAAAAUUGACAAGUUGGAAGAGGACUUAGAACAGAUGGAAAACUUAACCACCCUGAUUGCAGAUAAUACUGAUAUAAAUGAAGUGCCCUUUUCAAUUGUGAGAUCAAAAAGCAUUGCAUUUAUUUCAUUGUGUGGCUAUAGAGGAUCCUCACGUGAUGUGUUUCCAUCUCUUAUAUGGUCUUGGAUGUCUCCAACAAACAGUGUCUUAUCCCAAGUUCAAACAUAUGUGGGCAUGUCAUCUCUAGCUUUCUUAGAUGAACAAAAUAGUAGAUUCCAUGGUCAAUCAUAUACUCUUAAAGACCUUCAGAAGCUUCAACGUCUUUGCGUGGAGUGUGACUCAAAAGUUCAACUACAUGAAACUGUAGAAAGAAUUUUGGAUACUUUAAAUACCACAAAUUAUGAGGAGUUGGAAGCAAUGCCAAGCACAUCACAUGUAUCAAAUAUCAAGACUUCAGCAUUAAUUGAUUGUCACAGUCAAGCUCGCAUUUCAGGAUCAGAAAAUUCCUUGACAUCUCUUUUAAUUCAAAUGGGAAUGAACUGCCAUGUCACCAAUAUUCUUAGAGAAAACAUUUUACAGAAAAUGUCUACCGUCGGGCCUGGUUUCCUCCCUAGUGACAAUUAUCCUGAUUGGUUAGCCUUCAGUGGUGAUGGUUCUUCUGUAAUUUUGGAUGUCCCUCAAGUGCUGGAACGUAACUUGAAGACAAUCAUGUGCAUUGUCUAUUUUUCUUCCCCAGAGAACAUGACACCAGAAGUCCUUAAAAAUAUGUUGGUGAUAAAUUACACAAAGAACACCAUUCAGCUCUACAAGAGAGACGCAUUAACCCCCUUUGAAGACGAGGAGUGGCAGAGAGUAGUAUCAAAUAUAGAACCUGGUAACAAAGUCAAUGUUGUUCUUGUUUUUGAGAACAGAUUCAUUGUGAAUAAGACAACAGUUUUUCUCAUAUAUGAUGAACUGAUUGACGAAAAAGGGGAGCACUGCCAUACACCAGAUAGAAAUGCUAUUGUUUCAGGUGGUGAUGAAAAUAUUGAAAAUUCGGGUCAGCCUUCCACUGAAGCUUUUCCUGCCGUGUCUGGGAAAGAAAAGCCAGGAGAAGUGUGCUGCUAUGAAAGAACUACCACACCUACUCUGUUGAAAAUAAAUGAAGAAAUGACGGAAAUGGAGAAAAUAAAUGCUAAUGAGGCCAAGCAUUUAAAUGAAAAGAUUGAAGUGAUAGAGGCAAAACAUAAUGAAAUGGCAAUAGUGGAGAAAAAGUUUCAACUUCAAAGGACUAUGCUAAAUCAAAAAAACUUAGGCCAAGAUGUGGAGGCCUUGGCAGAUUUGUUAUCAACUACAGGUGAUGCUACCGGUGUUCCAUACAAUCAAGAGGCACAUUCAGAGCCUAGGGUUCAUGCUGAGAUGUAUAAGGCUAAAAGUAUUGAGGAGACUUCAAAUGCAUUGCCCAAUUAUUCUAUGGCUAAGUGUAUGAAUGCUCUUAAUGAGAUUGAAGACGUUUCAGAUGAGAUCUAUGUGAAAGCUUCAGAAAAAUUUAUGAAUCCUGAUCGGAGGGAAAUGUUUCUUACGAUGCCGAUGAAUAGGAGAAAGGCAUGGCUAGAUAGACUUCAAUGA